AUCGGCAAACAUUCUUGAGCUUACGUUUGCCGUGAACACAGUCAGUCUGCGCACGACGAUUUCUCUUUUAACCAACAAAAUCAUUCAAUAAAAAAUACCUGUGUGUAUGGACGGUGUAUGGUUAGUACAAGAAAUAACCUAACAACGUACGAAAAAGAAAAAAAAAAUUAUCUUUCGCGAAACCGUUAUCCGUCAUAAAGUGAAAAGGUUCAAUCACCGUCAAUAAAAAGUGUCGCGCAAAAGUGUUUACGUGGUAAAAUCAAUAAAUGAUCCGAACCUUUCAAUUUUGAAAUACUUAAGCCAUCAUCUUUCGCGAACCGUUGAUGCACACACACUGUCUGCAUGUGGAUUAUUAUUUGUGCAUAACCGAUAUCUGUUGCAUUCGAAUGUGUUUAUUGUGAUAUAAUGACCCGAAUGACCUGUUUCACCAGCGAGUAAAACACUGAAACAAAUUGUGGCCAAUUGAUUAUUGAGUACCCAGAUAUGUGCAUCGAUUGACUACAAUAACAGGAAGUGAAUUUUAAGCCACAAGUUUUUCUUGAAUCGAAUUUAUAUCGAGCCGCCAUAUUGGGAUCUUAUAAAAAUUAAGAAAUUUCCUCAGACGUGAUCGGAAUGCAGUGUCUUUGGUGGUAUUAGUGUUCAUUAUUGUGAACUUUUACGUUUUACGGUAACGCGAGAGGCGGUUAUUGUGUGUUGUUGUGCUGCUUUUGUGGUUAGAAGAAUAACAUAAAUAAAUAGCAAUGGGUGACUCAACUCCCAUAUGCCGAUGUCGUGUUCUUUAUUUGGGUAGUGCUGUGCCCCGACAAAGUAAAGACGGCCUACAGGGCAUACAGGAACCGUUGCGCAGCCUGUAUCCCUCCGAAGGUGCCAUCGGUGCCAAAGGUAUCGACUCGUGGCUGAGUGUGUGGUCGAACGGGAUACUGUUGGAAAAUGUGGACGAAAAUCGUAAGCAAGUGACCCGUUUUUUUCCGAUCGAAUCUCUGCACUACUGUGCAGCCGUACGGCAAGUGUUGAUACCGGAACGUGGCAACAAUAAUCCAGAGCCGAAAUUUCUUCCGCUCGAUUCACCGUUCGCCCGCACACCAAAAGCACAACAUCCGCCAAUUUUCGCCGCUAUUUUAAGACGUACCACUGGGAUAAAGGUACUGGAAUGUCAUGUGUUCAUUUGUAAGCGCGAAGCAGCCGCCAAUGCUCUAGUCAGAUGCUGUUUCCAUGCCUAUGCGGAUAAUUCAUAUGCACGUCAAUUGGAAGUCGGCGGCAGUAACAAUGGCGGAAGUGUAUACGGAACAUUAGGCAAACCAAACGGAAAUGGUGACGGUUGGCGAUCGAGAACGGGCAGCACGACAACGCUGAGCAGUAUAGGUCGAACGCAGGUCGUCAAUGGAAUGAAUAACGGGGUCAAUGAUGCGUUUACAGUUAAAAAUUUAUAUGCAAGCAGUGCAGAUUUAGAUGUGGUGGACGAUGGAGACGGUUCAAUAUUCAACGGAGAUGAGAAUCACAAAGUCUGGUCUGGAUCACAAGACAGAUUAGAUGCCAUAGGAACAGAAAGUCCGUACGAUUUCUAUUCGGGCGGUACGUCUACAUUAAGCCGAGCGCCACGAGCACGACAAAUUAGUGCACCAAUUCCAGUGCCACCGCCGCCAAAGGAAGAACUGAAAAAACAAAAAGUGAAGAAAGCGAAAAAUGUCGGCAGUCAAAGUCUAUCGGGAACGCUAAUCCGACCGAAACCGGUACACGGAAGCACAUUGAUUCGAGGACCACCGCCGCCAGGUAGCAUGAUUUACGGUCCAAUGAACGGAAUGGGACCGCAACCACGACAAUUCCACACAUUUAGUCAUCGCGGUUAUAUGAACGGAUCGAACGGUCAAAUUAUUACCAUGCCAAUGCAUCAUCCUCAUAUGCAAAUGCCCGUCAUGAUGCCCACACAAUAUGCAACGCUCCAGAAUCCACGCAACAAUAAAAAGAAAAAGAAGGACAAAAUGAACGGCAUACCGCUCGGCAUGCCAGUUGCACCACCAAUAUUCGCCUAUCCGCAACCGCCAAUGAUACCCGAACCGCGACCGAUCGGUAUGAGCAAUCGGAAACUGGCUCAAUCGGCUGCAGCACUGGACGAGUCGGGUAAUUCGGGAGCCGAAUCGCCGGGCGGAACCGGCAUUUAUCGACGAAAGGGCAUGAUGAACGAACGAGCGUUUAGCUAUUCGAUUCGUCAGGAGCAUCGCAGCCGUAGUCAUGGAUCGUUAGCCAGUUUGCAAUUCAAUCCGCCCGAUAUGAAAAAGGAGAGAGAAAUUGCACAAAUGGUGGCCGGUUUGGAUUUGAACGAAGACGCAACACUGCAUAGGCGAAAUCAUAUGGCCGUACCGGUGAAUGGGUCGUAUGGUAAUCUGAGAAGAUAGUUUUUUGUUUGUGCUGUGGUAAAAAAAGAAAAGAAAAAUCUCAUUCCAUCCGAAUCGAUUUCCCAUUGUGGUGGAAGGUUGUUCGAACUUGAUUUGUUUUUCUUGUUCGUUUAAUUAAUUAAUUCGACGACAACAGUGUGUCUGCUUGAUACAUUGCAUCUUAAUCAGAUAAUUGAUUUUGUAAUUAGAAAAAAAAAAAAAAUAUUUUCCGUUCGUGCGAUUAUGCAAAAUACCUAAAGUGUGUCGAACAUUCAUAGCGACAUGUCUAUAUCAUUAGUCAGUCAAUGUCACCGUUGUGUAGUUUUCAUUAAUUUCAAGUGGAAAGAAACAUUAAAAAAAACUGUUAAGGCAUCACUGGUAACACGAAAUGUACCUUCAAAAUAACGAGAGAAAAAAAUUGUAUUUUCAGCUGUUUAACAAUAGAGAAACAGCUAUACCAAUUACAUUUACCAAGUACAUACAUUGUCGACGACGACAUACGUAUAUAACUUACCGUCAAACUUAUAUAUAUAUUGCAUACGUACUUAAUACUUAUAUACAUACAUGCCAGGCGUGCUAUGUAGCAGCGAAAUACAUUCAUUUUGACUGUAAUAGUACUGGUUCCCAUUCAAUGCAUAAUUCCCACAAGAAUUUGUGUAGCAAAAUAGUUCAAAACAGAGGGCAUUUUACUGUAAUACGUGAUAGGUCACUAAUGAAACAUGAUAAACGCAAACGACUUUUGUUACAUAAAUUAUGUUGCUUGAUGAAUAGUAACAUUGUAAUGUCUACAUUGUAUGUGUGUGAUUGUUUGUGUGGCCGGCUAUUCGUACACACCACAGAAAAUUUUAACUUGACUUUAAAGGACGUUUCAGUGACCGUCAUGGUAACAUUGCAAACGAAAUGGAAGAAGUAUUCCAAACAGUUUUCCAAGAAGAUUUAAUUGGUUCAACACGAAUCACGUGAAUCGUCUACCCCUGCCUCGAGAGACUCAGUCUCAAGAGAUGUCACUUCUGAUUUUCUUCUGAAUUUCUUCAGUUUCUUUUCGGUCUUUGAAAUUGUUGGAGGAAAUUGUUUCUUGAACUGAAUACUCAACGUUGAGCCUCAUACACAGCACUGAGUGAAAAUUCGAUAAGAAUGUAUGACAUGCUUUGAAACCGCAUUGAACUUACUGGGAAGCUUGAGAUUUUAAAGGGUAGUUGGGAAAAGGGAACGCUGAAUGUGAACCCUUUCUAUUCGAUAAUCAUAAUUAGUUUGUUUGUUCACAACACGUCAUGUCUUGUGAGACCGUGCAACUUCACUUCCAAAGUUACAGACCACCCAUAUCGAGUGACCCAGUUAUGUCGGAUUACGUUCCUGUAAUUGAUGUUUGAUGGCCUAUUUGAUUAUAUUAUGAAACUUGAUUUUUUUGGUUAAGGAAAUCGUACAACAAAGAAAAAACGUGCAGAACCUCAGUAAGGUAGGACGGUUUUUUUAAACUUAUGGCCCUUCAUUGCGUUUUUAAAUGGAACCCUAAGUCAAUUUUUUUCAACUGGUUGUAAGCCUGAUCAUUACUACGGCGAGUCACAGAAAGCAUAUUCACAUUGUCUAUGAAAUUUUUAAAUUUCACUCAGUGUUGUAGACCGGGCUUUACAAUUAAGCGAGAAAUGAAAAUCAGAUUCGACUGUGACCAGCGUCGGUUAGUUAGCCAUGGAAAAUGUUAGUUAAUAAUUUUGUUGAAUUCAUACGAAUUCGUAACGAAACAGCAGUUAAACCAACAA